AUGUCGGAUGCACAAUCAUAUAAACUAGAUAAAGAUUUGGUAGGUCAUGACAUCUUGGGCCGUCUAAAAGAUGAUGAAAGAAAGUUUGUGAAUGACAUGACGGAGUACAAUAUGACACCAAGGUACGUCGUGUCUGCUUUGAAAGACAAAGACCCAAAAAAUCUCACGAGUAUUACCCAGAUAUACCGAGCUAGAGCAACAUACAGACUGGGCAAGAGAGGUGCAAUGACAGAAAUGCAAAUGUUAUUAAGCCUUAUUCACCAAGAAAAAUACAUGUGUUGGUCUAGAAAUAAGGAGAAUUCAUAUAUUGUGGCUGAUAUCUUCUGGACACACCCUGAUUCUGUGAAGUUGUUGAAUAUGUUUCCUCAAGUGUUGAUUUUUGAUUGCACGUACAAAAUAAAUAGGUACCGGCUACCACUGCUUGAGAUUGUUGGUGUUACAUCAACAAAAUUGACGUUUUCAGUUGCUUUUGCAUAUUUGGAACAUGAAAGGGAGAAGAACUUCACAUGGGCACUACAGAAGCUUAAAGAAUUGUUCUAUUCUGAGAAGUUGCUUUCGAAUGUUUUGGGUGGAGUCGGCAUAUUGGAGAUUGAAGAACAUGUUGACGAUAAGUCGUGGUGA